AAACAAUAAAAGUAAACAGUAAACAAACCUGCACACGAAAUGAGCGUCACACUACACACCGACGUUGGGGACAUCAAGCUAGAGCUGUUCUGUGACGAAUGUCCGAAAACAUGCGAAAACUUUUUGGCGUUAUGCGCCAGCGAUUACUACAACGGUAGCUUGUUCCACAGAAACAUAAAAGGAUUUAUCGUGCAAACCGGCGACCCAGCCGGAACUGGCAAAGGUGGUCAGUCAAUUUGGAAGCGCAAGUUUGAGGAUGAGUUCAAGGAAAACUUAAAGCACAAUGAGCGCGGCAUGGUAUCGAUGGCAAACAGUGGGCCAAACACGAACGGAAGUCAGUUUUUCUUUACCUACGCUGCCCAGCCGGCGUUAGACCUCAAGUACACGCUAUUUGCCAAGGUUAUCGACGGAUUUGAGGCGUUGGACGAGCUCGAAAAACUCACAGUGAAUCCAAAAACGUACCGACCGUUGGUGGAGAAAAGAAUCAACAGUGUCACGAUUCAUGCCAAUCCAUUAGCUGGUUGAAACACGGCCAAUUUUUGUACAAUCUAUAAAUUUUAAUACAACUAUCAAUUAAAAUACGCAAACAAAUGUUGCAGUAAAAACAUUGCCGUUACUCGGAAAACAAAUCAAAGCUAUUUG